AUGUCCGACUCCGCCGACUGCACGUUCACUGGCAAUGCCAACACCAAGACCGGGCUGCGCAUCGCGUCCAUCUUCAUCAUCAUGACGACGUCCAUGUCUGGCGCGCUCUUCCCAGUGCUUGCGCGCAGGAACAAGUACCUGCGCGCGAAUAUUCCCCAGCCCGUAUUCGAGACGGCAAAGUAUUUUGGGAGCGGGGUCAUAAUCGCCACCGCGUUGAUUCACCUGUUGGGACCUGCGAUUGAAGAGCUUGGGUCACCAUGUUUGGAUCCUGCAUGGCAAGACUACCCAUACCCACUGGGAAUCUGCCUUGUCAGCAUAUUUGGCAUCUUCAUCACCGAGCUCGUCGCCUUUCGUUGGGGCACCUCCCGCCUCGCCCGCCUCGGCAUCGUGCACGACGCACAUGGGCACGGUCUUGCCUCACACGCGGCACACGGCCCGGAGACCGACCACGAGCAGCAACAUGAACUCGAGAGCGGGCGGCGAGCGCAACACCAGGAUACGCCGAACACGCUCGGGGACUCCGCCACGGCGCAGAUCAUCGGCAUCGCGAUACUCGAGUUCGGUGUGCUGCUGCACAGCGUGCUCAUUGGCCUGACGCUCGCUGUGGACCAGCAGUUCACGGUCUUGUUCGUCGUGCUCAUCUUCCAUCAAACCUUCGAGGGUCUGGGUGUCGGUUCCCGACUGGCGUUCAUGCGCCUUCCCGCCAAGUACGACUACGUUCCUGUAGUUGGCGGUCUCCUCUACGGCAUUACGACACCCAUCGGGAUCGCUGUCGGGCUCGGCGUCCGCACGACGUACAACCCGAACAGCAAUACCGCCAACAUUGUGAGCGGGAUCCUGGACUCGUUCAGCAGCGGUAUCCUGUUGUACACAGGUCUGGUGGAGCUGAUCGCGCACGAGUUCCUGUUCAACGCGGACAUGCUGCACGCGUCGAACGGCAAGUUGGCGUAUGCGCUCGGGUGCAUGAUCGCCGGUGCGGGCAUCAUGGCGCUGCUUGGUCGCUGGGCUUGA